UUCAAAGAAUGUUGAUUGAAUAAGUGCAUGCGGUGCUUCUUAGGGAGAACAUAAGCUUCUCAGUAGGUUGUGCUGGUGGGGUACCCGCGAAGAAAUUUCAACGCUCUAGUUAAAACGGUGGAGAAAUAGAUAGGGGAUGAUAGAACAUGGAGUGUGUACCUUAAGUUAUGUGAGAUCCCCGGUUUAUAAAGUUGGAUUUUGAGGUUCCGAGGUUUAGAAAGAAGUUUCAACGCUCACAAAUACAUUAUAAAUAUAUGUGGAUCAUUUGAUAGAGCUCUCAUACAGGAUAGAGGCAAAUGGGUACUCUGCUUCCAACCUCAACAGUAGUAAAUGAAAAUUCAGAGAAGCCAGAUGCUUCGCAACAAAUUCAACACCAAAAAGAUGUUGAUGCAGGAGCUCUCUUUGUGCUCAAAUCAAAAGGUUCAUGGAUACACUCUGGUUACCAUUUGACAACAUCAAUAGUGGCUCCAACUCUGUUGAGUCUUCCUUAUGCAUUCACCUUCCUUGGAUGGACAGCUGGUAUCUUAAGCUUAGUCAUUGGAGCUCUUGUCACUUUCUACUCUUACAAUUUAAUAUCACUUGUCCUUGAACACCACGCUAAGUUGGGUAAUCGUCAGCUUCGAUUCAGAGACAUGGCUCGCGUCAUUUUAGGUCCACGAUGGGGUCGUUACUUUGUGGGGCCAAUUCAGUUCGCAGUCUGUUAUGGUGCUGUAGUGGCUUGUACUCUUUUGGGAGGACAAUGCAUGAAGGCAAUUUACCUUUUGGCGAAUCCAAAUGGGACCAUGAAGCUUUACGAGUUUGUAAUCAUAUUUGGAUGCUUCAUGCUGAUUUUAGCUCAAAUCCCAUCUUUCCACUCAUUGAGGCACAUCAAUCUUGUGUCCUUGGUUCUGUGCUUAGUCUAUAGUGCAUGUGCUACUGUUGGUUCCAUAUACAUUGGAGACUCAUCAAAAGGACCAGAAAAGGAUUAUUCAUUGAAAGGUGAUACAGAGAAUCGCUUAUUUGGAAUGUUCAAUGCUCUUGCCAUCAUUGCCACUGCAUACGGAAAUGGAAUAAUUCCAGAAAUUCAGGCUACAUUAGCACCACCAGUAAAAGGGAAGAUGUUCAAGGGACUAAGUGUUUGUUACACUGUACUUAUAAUCACUUUCUUUAGUGUAGCUAUAUCUGGUUAUUGGGCAUUUGGCAACAAAUCUGAAGGCUUAAUCUUAAGCAACUUUGUGGACAAUGGGAGGCCUUUAGUGCGCAAGUGGUUUAUUAACAUGACCAACAUUUUCACCAUAACACAAUUAUCAGCAGUUGGUGUGGUGUACUUGCAGCCCACAAAUGAAGUGUUGGAGCAAACAUUUGGGGACCCAAAAAGCCCUGAAUUCUCCUGCCGCAAUAUGAUCCCUAGAGUGAUUUCGCGGUCAUUAUCUGUUGCUAUUGCAACCACCAUAGCAGCCAUGCUUCCAUUUUUUGGGGACAUAAACUCGCUUAUUGGAGCUUUUGGCUUUAUGCCACUUGACUUCAUUUUGCCAGUGGUUUUCUUCAAUUUAACUUUUAAGCCAUCUAAGAGAAGUCCCAUUUUCUGGUUGAAUGUAACCAUUGCUGUGGUUUUCUCUGCAUUAGGAGGUAUUGCAGCAAUAGCAGCAGUUAGACAGAUAGUACUUGAUGCAAAAAAUUACCAAUUAUUUGCUAAUGUAUGAUCACAUUAAUUAAGCAAUCCUAUGAAGUUUGGUUGUUCUGUUUUUAUA